ACUAUCCUUGGUGGGAGGAGGCUCUGGGAGGGAUCUCCUGGUCAGAAGGAACAGGAGCUCUGAGCUCCAAGGACCCUGCAAAAGAGCUGGGCCACAGCAAGACCCCUUGUCUGGAGCCGCCACGCUGGAGUUGGAAAUGGAGUCCCGUGGGUCCCGGGCCAAGGCAGUUGGGCAGCGCCUCCUCCAGGCUGGGACCCCAGGGAAGAACGGGCUCCAGGCUGUGUCCAGGAGCCAAGUGGGAAGAGCACUGCGCUGGUUCACCACUGUGGUCCUGAAUGCCGCCUUCCUGGGGAUGGGGGUGAGCGCUGCUGUGCUAGGACCCACAUUGCCAGACCUGGCAAAGAAUGUGAACCGGAACAUCAGCACUUCGGAAAUCUUCGUGGGCCGCGCCCUCGGCUACUUGUGUGGCUCUGUGGUUGGCGGGGCGCUUUUCGACUGUAUGAAUCACUUUUUACUCUUGGGGCUGUCAAACCUGGUCACCUCGGCCGGCCUUUACGUGACUCCUUUCUGUAAGACAGCAGGCUUGCUGACUGCCAUGAUGUCUGUCACUGGUGUCUCAUUUGGUGUUCUGGAUACAGGUGGGAACGUCCUCAUCUUGAAUCUUUGGGGAGACAAAGGAGCUCCCCACAUGCAGGCCUUGCACUUCAGUUUCGCCUUGGGUGCCUUCCUGGCUCCCCUGCUGGCUAAACUGGCCUGGGGUACGACAGCAUCCGCUCACAACCACACAGAGCCUGGCUUUGACCGGUCAGCCUUGAACGGCUCCUCUGGAGCCACCUCAGACUCUCUGUUUGCGGUGCCUGAGGACAACCUGCUGUGGACCUACGCUUCCGUCGGCACCUAUGUCUUAGUAGUCUCUGUCUUCCUGUUCGCUCCAUUCUUUAAGCAAAGUUCAAAGCAGAAAAAAUCCAUGGCAUCUGCUCAGGAAGCUCGAAGAGCUAAAUAUCACUGGGCCCUGCUCUGUCUCCUCUUCCUCUUCUUCUUCUUCUACGUUGGAGCCGAGGUGACCUACGGCUCUUUCAUAUUCUCCUUCGCCACCACCCAUGUUGGCAUGGAAGAAAGUGAAGCAGCCGGCUUGAACUCCGUCUUCUGGGGAACCUUUGCAGCCUGCAGGGGCCUGGCCAUCUUCUUUGCGACACUCUUACAGCCUGGAACCAUGAUCGUGUUGAGCAGUGUUGGUAGUCUUGUCUCAUCUUUCUUUCUGGUGCUUUUUGACAAGAGCCCUCUUUGUCUCUGGAUCGCAACGUCUGUGUACGGAGCCUCCCUGGCAGCCACGUUUCCCAGUGGCAUUUCCUGGAUCGAGCAGUACACCAGCCUAAGUGGAAAGUCUGCAGCAUUUAUUCUGAUCGGUGCUGCCCUGGGACUCAUGGCUACUCCUGCACUAUCUGGAAUUCUUCAGGGACACUACCCAGAUCUGCCAAUAAUUCUGUACACUUGUCUGGGGUCAGCGGUAUUCACGACUGCUUUGUUUCCUGUGAUGUAUAAAUUAGCCACCUUACCUCUAGGUGGCAAGCAGAAAAAAAGCAUCAAGGGUGAGAGCCAGAAGUUUUUGCCUUCCAGCUCUGGACUGCAAGGGAGGAAAUGAAAGGAUGAGGACAAAUGCACCGAAAUGGGAAAAGCAGGAACAGGGACCGGAAGGCUUUGCUUUCUAGCUCUAGCUAUACACGGAAGCUAAUGAAGAUAGAAAGGGGGUUGGUGUGCAAUGGAUUUCGAAGUGGUUAAAAUGAAGAAUGAGGCAUUUUCUAAUAGAAAUAUAAUAGAAAUGUUCUUAUAUAACCCAUAGCUGAGGUCUGCAUGCAAUUAUCCUGAAAUGCUCUGUAGCCUGCAUCUUCUCCAGUUAACAGUGAGGAUUCCGUUGGGAAUAUCCAGGACAAGGGACUAAGAGAAAAUGGGCUGGUGACUGAGUGGCCUCACUGAGCGACUCCUAAGGAGCCUGUCAGAGCCGAGCACUAGACGUUCAGGAUGUUUUGGGGAACUCCACACAGGUCCAUUUAUAGUCAGUGGUAAAGCUGGGAAAUGUUUGAUCCUCAGGUUUCCCAUAAACUACCAAGUGUUCUUGUUCAGGGCCUCGUGUUUGGUAGGAGGCUGAUUAAGUAAUAUUUUAUGAUCUCCAACUUUCAAAGAGUUCGUAGAUGACAUCUGUUGGUGUUUUGUUUUGUUUGAGACAGGGUGUUGCUGUGUAGCCCAGGCUACCCUCAAAUUUGCAAUCUUCCUGCCUCAGUUUCCUGACUGCAGAGGCACUUGAAAAUUUAGGGAGCUCUCUAAUGUGGAGAAGCCACAGAGUGGGUUUGUAUUUGCUGGACAGAUAACAAGUUUUCUCAUUCCACCUGAGAAGCUAAGGGUGUAAUUUCAAGAUACAGCGUUAUAGACAGUGGGGAGGAGAUUUUAUUCAUUGCUUAUUUUAUCUGUAGGGUUGGAGCAAAGGAUGCUAAUGAUUCACUUGAUUGAUUUUUUUUUUCCUCAAAGAGAAUACAUAGUUCAGGAGACCUGCCUCCCAGGUGUCCUGAGGCCCUUAACAUUGCCUUCAUUGAAGUCAUCUCCCCAGCCUAUGAUUCUAGAAAAGAAAAUACAAGGAUUUCCAAAUUAAAAUCCAUGACUUCUACAGUUCCUGUAAGACAUCUCUGAGAACUUAAUGUAAUUGCCAGCCCAAUCUUCAUUUCAAUGAAGAAGUGAAACGCAGCUUUUAAAAUGUGCUACCCAUCUAAUACAUCUAGUGCUAUACUAUAGUUCUAAUUUUAGUCCUGAAAAGUGUGAUUUUUUUAAAGCUGCAUUUCAUCCAUUCUAACUACUUUAAAAUUAUGAUACUCCUUAUAAUAAAUGAUUGUUCAAUAUUGUGGCAAGAUUAAUCAAUUAUCUCCAUUUAUAUAUAUAAAAUGUCAUUGCAUCUCAUGAUUAGAUUCCACAACACAUCACAAUCUAUUGUAUUAAGGAUUAUGAAGACACCUAGUUGAGCAUUAUGUUUUCUAUUUCUUUGGCAUAUAUUCAUUGUACAUAGCACUGGGUUUCAUAAGAGGUGGAGAGCUGGAGACUAGAAAAGGUCUUCUCUGGCCCUUGUCCUACUUCAGGGGUUGGGUCUGUGUUUUACUUUUUUUCUGGAUCUGGUUUUCACUAGUUCUGAGUAGUAGUUACACCAUAAGCACUGUAUACACUUGACAAAUUAACCUUUAUUUUUCUCAUGUAUUUAUAUGCAUACAUGUCUGCAUGUUCUCAUGUGUGUGGGUAUCUGAGGAGGCCAGAGGUUGACAUAUAGAGUUAAUUGUGCUUCAUCUUUUUCACUGAGGCCAAGUGUUUAAAUUGGCCCAAAACUCUCAGGGACUCCCUACCUGGCUAGCCUGGUUCCAGGGAUCCUUGUCUCUGCUCUCUGAGAGUGUUGGCGUUAGAGUGGACCACUGCACCUAUCUGGCAUUUAUGUGGGUUGCAUGCAAACUCCGGUCUUCACACUUGAGCAAUGAGUUUUUUACCACUGUGCCAUCUCCCAGCCCCACGGUGUCAACCUGCAGUCAUCCUCAUCUGAAGCGCCUCAUCCCUGAGUUUAAAUACUUAGGAAACCAACGAAAUAAUGAGAAGGUGGCUGAUGGCCUAGGAGUCAAGGAUGAGAAAGUCUAUUUACAUGCGUGUGGUAAAAUUGGUGUGGGCCAUCCCUGGAUAACCGACUGGAAUUGAUGAGUGACGGGGUCUGGUCAAAUUUAAAGUUGAUUUUCAGUAGUUUGGAGCAGUAAUUGCAUCAUAAGCACAGUAAACACUGACAAAUGUC